UAGUGACUUUGUGCUUUUACGGAUAGAGAAGGUGGAGUUACUUGCUCUGAACGGUAAACAGGACAGUCAAGAAUAAGGCACGCAGUGGGUGGGGAGGCCAGUUGCUAUGGCCAGUGUGCUCUGUAACAGAGCCAGGGUGCUGUCACACCUGCCUGGGAUUCAGGGGCUUCUGGGUAGGAUUAUUUGGACCAGGGGCUUUGCUGCUGCCGAUUCCUCUGGCUCAGAUGAGCCUUACAUAACUGUGACAUCUAACAAUGGAGGCUCCAGGACAGUGUGGCCAGAUGAGACCAUGGGUCCAUUUGGACCCCAGGACCAGCGCUUCCAGUUGCCAGGCAAUGUGGGCUUUGACUGCCACUUGGAGAUGAGUGGGGACCAAGAGAAAGGCCCAGUUCACAACACUGUUCCAGAUGUGCUGUCUGCUCCCUCCAGCAGUGAGAGACAUGAGUUUGUACUGGCACAGUUCAUUGCUGAGUUCCAGGAGAAAGAGGUUCCACCCCAUGUUGAGAAAAUCAGCAAAGCAGAAAUGUACUUUAAUAAUUGUAAUGUCGAGUGUGCAAUACAACCCUGUCCAGAGCUGCUGAAACAAGAUUUUGAAUCCGUGUUUCCUGAAGCCCCAGCCACAGGCAUGACUGUUGUCACAGUAACUCAGAGGACACAGCAUGAUACAGAGAGAGCGCUGCUUCUGGACAAAUUUAUCAGUGGUGCCAAAGAGAUGUGUUAUGCUCUCCGCACAGCAGGGUUCUGGGCUGACUUCAUAGACCCCAGUUCCGGCCUGGCUUUCUUUGGAUCUUCCACAAAUGGCACUGUGUCGGAGACAGACGAACGGCAGCAUCUCGUAGGGUUCCACAUAGAAGAGCUGGGUUGCUGUAAAGUCAUUCGACAGGCCCUGCUGGAGAAGCACAAGCUGGUGGGCACGGUGCUAACAAACGCACCACCCCACAGCUCUGUCAUGAAGAAGCUCAGAGGAAGCUGAUGACCUUUUGAACAAAUAAUAUGAUGGUGACUGUGUACAGACGCUACAGAGGCAGCAAGGACUGCUUCCUUUGCAAGUUCUUUUCUCAUUCAAGAGUUUUUUUUGGGGGGGGGGGGACUUGUGCAAAUAUCUGACAUGAACGGAACACCUUGAAUACUAGGUCUUAAUGUUUUAAGACAUUUUAAGGCUAUGUUUUUAACACAUAGAGCUGGUGCAUUAGUGCUCCCUCAAAA